GCACGAGCAAGCGACGACGCAUGAGCCAGAAGGGGCCGGACUUGUUAGUUCCGUCCUUUGAGUCGCAGCUGCCAGUGUGGGCGGAGAAAUGCCUAGCAUUUCAGAUCUCUGGCAAAACGUGGCUCCCAACCAAGCCCUGCUGUCCGGCAAGCUUGUUUGUCGGCCUCGGGAGGGCUCCGUGGCAAGAGAGCGAGGAGGUGCACCCAAAGCCGUGCGCGCAGCGUCUAGGCAAAGCUCAGCUCCGUGAGUUCCGAGCCUUCUUCCGCGAGCAGCCGCACCAUGCGCUCUUCAAGAGCAUUGCCGGUCCGCAAGAGAAGGCCUCCAGGCCCAAACCUCUGAGCUCCAAGCCCCCUCUCGGAAGGCCAGCUGAUGGCUCGAGAUGGGAGUGUUACAAGAUGUGGCCCUGGAUGCGUGACCUUCCCACAAGGCUGUGGAUGGGCAAUGGCUGGAUCAUGGAAGAGGAUGGCAUGCGUAAGCUGGAGCCCUCCGAGCCCGGGGGCGCCAUGCCAGGCGUCCAGAUCUUCGAGUCCGUAGGCACCGCCGUGGACGAGUCCCGGCAGGACGGCCCUGAGGUGCACGCAGCCGAGCCAGGCCAGGCCACCACCACCAGGUUCCGGGGCCUGGAGCGCCAGAGUGGUGUUCCAGGCAUAAGCUGGAACAGGCAGAUGGCAUGUUGGAGGGUAUCAGUGCAGGAAGCUGGCAAGCAAAAACGUAUCCAAUUCUUCAUCGCUCCGUUCCUGAAGAAAGGCCUCAGUGAGGACGAGGCCGUGGAGGCCGCGCUGCGCGAAGCCAAAGCCCACCGUGAGGAGCUGGUGCGGAAGGGCGUGCUCCAGCCACCGAAGACCAAGGCCGUGAACCCAGAGCAGGGGAAGCCCUCAACCGUGAGGGGAGCGUAUUUUGAUAAGGAUGCUCAGAAGUGGCGGGUGAAAUUGGUUGACCCCACCACAAAGAAGCGGCACCAAACCUGCUUCUUCGCUACUCAGGAGGAGGCCGAGUCCAAGGCCCGGGAGCUUGCCAAGGAGCUGGGCAUCAAGGAGGUGGAGGGCAAGGUGAUCCCGGUGAAGCAUCUCUCAGAGCUGAAGCACUUCGAGCCGCUGGGCCCCCAGCCGGGGGUGUGGUGGAGCCUCGGCGAGCAGUGCUGGCAUGCCAGGUGCACUGUUGCAGGCAAGCACAGGCACUUGCGGUGCAGGCCCAAGGACUUCUCGGAGAAGGAGGUGGAGAAGGCCUGGAAGCAGGCAGUGGCCUGGCGCAAACAGCAGGAGAAGGAGAGGGACCAUGCAAAGAAGAGCUGA